AUGCCUUCUGAUUCCAUUGGGGGCCCCCUCAUUUCGGGGUCUAUACCCUCGGAGGCCCCUAAUCAGGAGGGGCCCCCCACCGCAGGGGGGCCCCCAAGGGGCCCCUUGGGGGCCCCCCUGGGGGCCCCCCUGCCCCGUAUGGUUGUGAGGCCGCCAUGUAGAGGAGAACUUUUGCUUCCUUAUGGUCGCUCGAGACAGCCAAAGGAAUAUCUUUUUCUUAAAUCUGUGAUAAAGCCGAAGCAAACUGCAGCAGAUAUCAAUAGGGGGGCCCUCGCAGCCCUACAUACACAUAGCGUAGGGGCCCCCAAUGCGGGGCCCCCAGAUGAUGCUUAUAGGGGUCCUCAUCAGCGAAUAGAACCAUCAGAUGAGACCAAAGGGCACGGAGAACCAACGGGCGCUCGAGGCAUAGGCAGCGGCAGUGCUGCUGCUGCUGCUGCUGCUGCUGCUGUUGCUGCACCAUCAUCCUCAAGACACACACCUGCAGCAACAGCACCUACAACAGCAGCACCUGCAGCAGCAGCAGGAGGUCGCCGCAUGACCCUUUCGGAGACAGCAGCAGCAGUGGGGCACGGGCUGCCUCUUCGCAGCAGCGCUGCUCAGCAGCAGCAGCAGCAGCAGCAGCAGCAGGGGAUGCAUUCGCUGCCUACACAAAGAGUAAACCAGCUGGACGCGUUGCGAGUAAACAAUGAGAUUGUGCUGCUGCUGCAGGACAUGCUGCUGCAGUGUACACGUACUGCUGCUCCAUGGCUGCAGCAGCGGCAGCAGGAACUGCAGCUGCUGCUGCACCUCUUCCUUUGGGGUGUAUCGACAGCUCGAGAUAAACCCACACCAGGAGAUUUGCUGCAGAAUGUUAAGUACUAUGGCGGCGAGCAGCUGCAGCAGCAGCAGUUGGAGCAACAGCAACAGCGGCUGCAGCAGCUGCAGCAAGACCCUACUGCAGCUCCUGCUGCAGUGCAGCAGCAGCAGCGUGUGCUUCUGCAUUUGAUGCUGAAGCAACAGCAUUCGCUGCUGCAGCAGCAGCCGCUUCCCUGGAAGCACAAGUUAGGGCUGCUGGUGCUUCACGUGCUGCUGCCCUAUGCUUACCAGCUGCUGCGGCAGCAGCUACACCGCAAGAGGCAGCAGCAGCAAGCAGCAAUAGAGCAGCGAAUACGACGCUACAACGUUGCUCAAGCCCUCCGCCGGCAGCGCAUGCAGCAGCAGCAACAGAAGCAGCAGCAGCAGCAGCUGAGGGAACACGCAACGGAGCAGGAGAAGGGGGAGCUGAAGCAACAGGAGCAGCAGCAGCAGCAGCAGCAGCAGCAGCAGCUGCAGCAGCAGCAGCAGCAGCUGCGUUUGCUGGAGAGUGCUACUGGGGAGUCUGUGACGCGUUUAACUGCUGCUGAGCUUUGGCUGGAGUGCAAAUACCGUAGUGUAGGUGAGUGGCUGCUGGGGCUGCAGAUGAGACAUAUUCACCCUUCUCUUCGUCGUUCUUUGUCUUUUGAAUUAAUGCAGCAGCAGCUCUACUGGCUCAGUGUCUCUCAAGUGCUGCUGCUGCUGCUGCCCCACAUCGAUCUGCUGCUGCUGCGCCGCAUGCUGCGCCUCCGCCUCCUCUCUCCUGCUCGUAGAGCAGCAGCUAAGUCCCUGCAGCAACUCAAGCUGCUUCUCCUCAGGCAGCAGCAGCAGCAGCAGCAUCAACUGCAGCAGCGCGACGCCGAAUCAGAGGAGAAAGGCCUCGCUGCUGCUGCUGCUGUGCUGCCCUUGGGCAUAGGGCAGCGGGGUGUGCUGCUGCUGCGCAGCACGAAGCAACAUGCAAAGAAACUCCUACAAGACGUGGGGCUGCUGCCGCAUCCAUUGGUGAUAGAAGAGCAGCAGCAGCAGAAGCAGCAGCAGCAGCAGCAGCAGCAGCAGCAGCAAGGAGUGGAGCCACCGGAAGUGGAACUUGAGCUCGAGCUGCUGCCUCCUCUCCCUGCAGGAGCAGCAGAAAGGCUGCAGCUCGACUAG